AUGGUCUUCUCAUUUGCUUUGCCAACCACCUCACACGUCCAGUUUCAGUCAUUCCUCCAUUCAAAUACCCAUCCAUCUCUACCCCAAUCGGGUUCCACUGCUCGACAUGGCUUGCGAGUAGCUCUAAAGAAGCAUAAGCGCCUUACCCCGGCCCAGCGAGCUUCCCACCUGCCACAUGUUCUGGUAGCCCUGAAUGAAUAUAUUCCGUAUCUAUUUGCUAUAUCACGGGGGUUAAGCUCCAGCUCAUGGCGAGAAGACGCAGCGGCUGGAAACGAUGAUGGCGGGAAGAAAUGGAAGGAUGUCGAAGAGAUUGAGAUAUUACUUCAAUCUGAGAUUGAGGUUGAAUGGCGUCCGACUUUGAGUUCGAUGUCUACAAUGCGGUUCCUACGCCAGAGUGCGAUGCGUGGGCAUGAUUCCUCACCCUCGUCGCGGAUAAAGGGCCGCGGGCUGGAUUUUGAGAUUGCUUUUGUUUUGUCGACUUUGGCGUAUGUUCAUUCUGCUCUUGCACGGACAAAGUAUCUUACCGUUUUGUACUCGGCCAACACUCCCACAGCCGAGCAGAAGGUGGCGGCUAUCCAGGCCGCUACAAAAAAUUUGCUGCAAGUAAGCAGUAUACACUCGUACCUUGCUACGUUCUCACCGGCAUCUACCUCUGGCCCCUCAGAUACUUAUACUCCAGGUGGCUCUGGUGCAAAAUUGGUGCAAAUACCCAUUCCUGACCUUGACCCAUCCACACAAUCAGCGCUAUCCUCACUGGCCUUGGCCGAGGCAACUCUGCUGGCCGUCCUGAAGGAUGAUGCCUACAUGUCAAGCUGUAUCCAGUCCAGGAAUAAGCAUGACACAGAAUGGAUGGUCAAAGCUCCGGAUAUCCCAAAGGUGCGGACACUACUCUUUGCGCGACUCUGCAUCCGUGCUGCAGAGUAUGCUGAGCAGGCUGCAGCUAGUGUGGGGACGUUGCAAAAGGGAAGCAUAUCUGCUGCAAGUUCCGGCGAUUCCGGUUCAGAGAGGAAGAUAGACGAUGACCUGGUGAAUUAUAUGUCUAUUCUGGCCAGAGUAUCAAGAGCAAAAGCCUGUCGAUUCUUUGGAAUCGACGCUGAAAUGUCCGGAAAGGUCGGAGAGGGAAUCGCAUGGUUAAGAGCAGCUAGGGCUGUUCUUGGGUUUAAAGGCUCAACAUCAGAAGCAAGCACUGAAAAAUAUUUCAAGAGUAAACUAGGCGGUUUUUCUAAGUUGAAGAAGGAGUGGUCAGAGCGGAGAGAAGAAAGGAAGAUUGAGAAAGAAGCGAUGUCGUCUAAAGCUGGCGAGCUAGAGACUGAUAUUGACCACGGUGACGACGCCGGGAGAGACGAGGAAGGAAGGGUCAUUGAUAUGCUUGAGAAGAAGUGGGUAAAGAUGAAUGACACGCUAAUCCCUUCGUCUACCUCGUAUAUUUCCAAUCUACCCUCUGGGAGAGAUAUCCAUACGCCCCCUGCGCCGUAUGUACCACCAAUGCUGGAGCCAGGGCAGCUCGAACGGAUGCGAGCACCAGUUGAGCUUACCAGCGACAAUGUAGAAGUGGAGAGCAGUGAUGAUGAGGACGAAAAGGACGCUCAAAGAAGCUAUUAUUAG